GCACCUCCCUGAUUCAUGGAUGGUUCAGGAGGGAAAGAUGAUAUAGUCUGUGAUCAAUGCAGACACUCAGAUGGAAAGGGAAUACCCUGAAUGGACUCUAAGGAAGGAGGCCAACUCUGGUUCCCUGUCGAACAGUAGGGAAGUUCCAACCAUAUCCCCUUUGGACUCCACCCCUGUACAUUAUUUUCCCCUUCAAGCCGCGUGUUCUGCAUUUUCACUCUUCAGCCCCUGCUAGGCUCUCCUUUUAGGACUUGGGGCCCUCAUUUGGAGGUGCAAACGUGCUGGGUUGCUGAGCAAGUGCCUUCCAACCUGUGCUCAAUAAUUCAGCACUUGAGCCCUGGACGGGCUGGAGUUACGGGCUCCCCAGCAGCUCCAUGCAUAUUUCAUGGCCCAGGCGGCAGCCACAGGAAGGUCACACCACGGCCCCUUUGUGCAGAGGUUCAUGCACUGCUGAUUCCCAAUGGCCUGUGGUCUCAGGGUAAGCGGCUGAACUCCCUGCCAACUAGAGCAACGCUGCCCCAGGCUGCACAGAGUGUGGGAUGCAGCUGGUGGGGCUGGCACCAGAAGGAUGCCGAGUAGCAAGGCUUGAGCUCUCCUCUGAUGGGCAUUCAUGCUCUGCCUGGCCUCUUCCAGUGCCAUGUUCAGGAGCUGCUGAGCACUCUCCAGCUGCCAGAGCCUUACCUGGGAUGCUCCCGUUGGGUCAGCUCAAAGAUGCCUUUCCAGCCACACUUCACCCAAAGGGCCAGGCAGAGCCCGGCAGAAGCGUCACAGCCGAUAGCGCCCUUGGAAGCAACCGCCCUGCUCCCUUCCGUGACUGGCACCAUGAUCCGAGGCGCAGCCCUGCCCACAGCCAGUGUCAUCACCCACCCAGGCUGUGCCAUGAGAAUGGGGGUGACCCCUGCCUGCAGGAAAUGCCAGAGCCAUGGAAGGGACAAAGAAGAGCCUGCUGGAGGCAAGAGCUUAGGAUGGCUGGAGAAGGUAGGAGCUGCAGUCAAGCACCAGAGCAAAGCUGCCCCCAAGACUUCCGUAAUCCCCAGGCAAAACGGGAUUGCUCUUCCCCCGAUUCCCAGAGAAGGAGACAAAGACCUUGAGAAACCGGGCCGGAAGCUGCUGCCAUGCCUCCCUGCCUGCUCUUCCCAAGCUAAAGGGGCCCCCUUGGGCAAUAACGACAUGUCGCCCUGGAUGGGGCCCUCCCAGUCCGAGGCCGCUUUCCAUGCCCUUUUCAAGCCCAUGGUGUCCUUCUUGCACAGUGUCCCUUUCUCAGCAGCAGCAGCAGGCACUCCUGGCUCCUGCAGCUUUUUCCCAGAACUUGGAGAGAAGGCCCUGGCUGCUGACGGGAACCAGAGGCGGAGGGCCAGGUUGCUCCAGGGCAAGGGCAAGCAGAAGAGCCGCAGCCGAGGGCUGCCCCGACACUUCGGGAGCAAGUGGCAAGGGAUGACGCUGCCGCCUGUGCCCAGCAUCACCAACCUCAACUUCAGCCGCAAUUUCACUUUCUCAUUCUUUGAGCUGCCACCCCAUCAGAGCCACGAGCACUGGAUGCAGCGCCAGCAGCUCAUCUGUCUCCUGAUGAAACAGCUGAAGUAGCCAGCCCUGGUGUGCUUUUGGGAGGAAGUGCAGAACAAGACGGACAGCAGCCAAGCACCAUACCUGGAACGGCUAACUGGCAGCACAUAGCACAGAGAGGACAGGUCGAGUAAACUCCGGUCAGUGUGCCAAAACUAUCUGACAGGCACAGCAGGACAAAAGAAACUGAAAGGAAGUCCAUUUAUGCACACACAGCCCAUUGGGUCAGUUUGCCUCUCUCCCCAGCUUAGCAGUAGCUCUGUGCCUGCAGAUGGAGGACAGCAAGCACUGAACAGUUUGUUUAUGCUAGUGACUUACCUCUGCCUCUUUAGGAACAUAGGAAACUGCUUUAUACGGAGUCAGACCACUGGUCCAUCUAGCUCAGUAUUGUCUACACAGACUGGCAGCGGCUUCUCCAAGGUUGCAGGCAGGAAUCUCUCUCAGCCCUAUCUUGGAGAUGCCAGGGAGGGAACUUGGAACCUUCUGCUCUUCCCAGAGCGGCUUCAUCCCCUGAGGGGAAUAUCUUGCAGUGCUCACACUUCUAGUCUCCCAUACAAAUGCAACCAGGGUGGACCCUGCUUAGCUAAGGGGACAAGUCAUGCUUGCUACCACAAGACCAGCUCUCCUCUUUCCCUCCCAUCUCUUGCUGUAGACUACAAACUGAUACAAAAGCCUCAGACUCAGCCCACCUUGCAGUACACGAAAAAGCUCUUCUAGUGGCAUCAUCUUGUCUUCUUCCCAAAGAAGUUUCUGUGUGCCUGUAUUUGUAAAUGAACUAACUUUUGUCUCCAGUGUUGGUGCCAAAGUUU